UUAAACCCGAAAACGGAAAAUGAGAAAGGUGGUGGUGGUGGUGGGUGCGACGGUGAUCGGCGUCUGCGCCGUGGCGGCGGCGAUGGGGGCGCUGCAACGCUACGUGAGUAAAUCUAAACGGUGGGGACGAGCAUUGGCCAUAUUGAAGGAGUUGGAGGAGAAGUGUGCGACACCUACGUGGAAGCUGAAGCUUGUUGCCGAUGCAAUGAGCGUUGAGAUGCACGCUGGGCUUGCUUCCGAAGGUGGUAGCAAGCUCAAGAUGCUCCUCACUUACGUUGAUAAUCUUCCAACUGGGAAUGAGGAAGGACUAUACUAUGCAUUAGACCUUGGAGGAACCAACUUUCGUGUGUUACGGGUGCAACUGGGAGGCAAGGGUUGUGGUAUUAUCAAUCAAGAAUUUACUGAGGUGUCAAUUCCUUCUAAUUUGAUGGGUGGAACAUCAGAUGCACUCUUUGACUAUAUUGCUGCAGAGCUUGGAAAAUUUGUUGCCCAAGAAAAUCAAGAUUUUCAAGUUCCUCCUGGUAGACAGAGAGAGCUAGGUUUUACCUUUUCCUUUCCUGUUAUGCAAACGUCUAUUGCUUCUGGGAACCUUAUCAAAUGGACAAAAGGAUUCAACAUAGAUGACAUGGUUGGUCAAGAUGUUGUGGCAGAAUUGACAAAAGCCAUUGAGAGACAAGGUCUCGAUAUACAUGUUACAGCUCUGGUGAAUGAUACGGUUGGGACAUUAGCAGGAGGUCGAUACACACACAACAAUGUUAUUGCUGCUAUUAUUUUAGGUACUGGAACAAAUGCAGCCUAUGUGGAGCGUGCUCAAGCAAUACCAAAAUGGCAUGCUCCCUUGCCAAAUUCUGGAGAAAUGGUUAUCAACAUGGAGUGGGGAAACUUCCGGUCAUCACACCUUCCAUUAACUGAGUAUGAUUAUGCAUUAGAUGCUGAGAGUUUAAACCCUGGUGAACAGAUUUUUGAGAAGAUAAUUUCUGGUAUGUACUUGGGAGAAAUUGUUCGUAGAGUACUAUGCAGAAUGGCUGAAGAAGCUGGUUUUUUUGGUGAUGAUGUUCCCCCAAAACUAAAAGUUCCAUUCAUAUUAAGGACACCUGACAUGUCUUCAAUGCAUCAUGAUUCAUCUCCUGAUCUCAAUGUGGUUGGAAGCAAACUGAAGAAUAUUUUCGAGAUAUCCGAUACCUCCCUGGAAGUGAGGAAGGUGGUUGUUGAGAUAUGCAAUAUUGUUGCUACCCGUGGUGCUCGUCUUGCAGCUGCUGGCAUCUUGGGUAUCCUGAAGAAGUUGGGCAAGGACACCGUCAAUGAUGUUGAGGGUCAGAAGAAUGCAAUAGCUAUGGAUGGUGGAUUGUAUGAGCAUUACACUGAGUAUAGCAAGUGCCUAGAAAAUACCCUUGUAGAGUUGGUUGGCGAAGAUGUCUCAGAAAGUAUCACCAUUGAGCACUCCAAUGAUGGUUCAGGAAUUGGUGCUGCCCUUCUUGCUGCUUCACAUUCCAAGUACCUUGAUGGUUAACUACAAUGAUCAUGAUAGGAUGGUUUUAAUCAAUUAUUUUUGUGGAGGUCAUAGUCCGUUUAUGACUCCAGCUGUCUUGUAAGGCUUGACUUGUAGGCAUAUUCUUCAAGCCAAUCUUAGCUUAACACCAUUUCUUACGUUUAUGUAUUUAAUUCUUUCAGGAGAAUCCUACAUUUUUCUCUUCCUUUGUUAGCUUUAACAUAAUAUUUCACAUCACCUGGGUCUAUCCAUUUGUUAGGAUAGAAUACCUUUUGUGACUAAAUUGUUGGAUUACUUGUUGGUGGUAGGACUGUAGUUAUUUUUGGAUCAAAUAUGCAAAAGAUUGUCUUGGAAGCAGCCAUGUGAUAUUCUAGUUUCUUGAGGUAAAUUUGAUGGCCAAUUUCGAUGUCAUUCAAAAUUAGCAGUCUAUUCUCAUUAGCCUGUCUAUUCCUCCUCGGAUUUUA